CUACCUUUAUACUUCUCACAAUGAAUUAAUAUCCGUAUUUAAAGAAAUUUUGUUCUUUCAAGCAAUAUAGGAGUUAUUAAUGACUAAAGUCUAUAUUGCCUUCUAUGUACAUAUAGUUGUGCAAAAUAUAUUUCACAAUAUCAUACUCAUACUGCCGCCUAUGGUAAAAAGAGACACUUUUCAUUCUUCUUCAACGAUACAGUUGUCAUUUGUUGAGAAGACAUCAAGAUGUUUCGGUGUUAUUUAUCUUUGGUGUGGAUGUUUUCUGUUUUUCUUUUGGUAGAAGGAUUGAUAAUCGAAGAUGUUCGCCUGUCGGGGACACGUGUACCUAGCGAAGGACUGCUGGAAGCGAAAGUAAACGGCACUUGGGGUGCCGUCCGCUACAUAUCUCGGUACAAUUGGCGAGAUCCGCUAGAUGACCUCAUGUGUAGGACAUUCGGAUAUGUGAAUGAAUCUGUGAUGCAGCCUCGAUAUUACGGAACACCGCAUGCCGCCUUUACGAUCCGACGCUGCCCCGUCGAUAUGACGUCACUGCAAAUGCUCAACACAUCAUGUGAGCUCCAGGCAGGAAAUCCGCAAUCAGACUACGACAACAUCUUUAAAACCAUAAACUGUCGAGCGUUACAACUGGUAGACGGUCCUUCCCCAUUGGAGGGUCGGCUGGAGGCGGGACUGUUCGGUCAACUGCAGGUCGUGUACGGGCGUUCCUUUGAUUUGAAGGCGGCAAAUGUCACGUGUACAUCAUUAGGGUAUCGCGGAGUUCGCUCCUGUAACACCAGCAUGCAAUAUGGCGCUAGAAAACUACCUCUGUAUACACGCAACAUCCAGUGCACGGGUACCGAGCUUUCACUUGAGCAAUGUUAUCACUCUGGUGACUACGCCGCGUCACGCACACCGGCUAACGUCGUCAGUGUUGCUUGCGAUGGCGGACCACUUAAGUUGUAGCAGAUUAAGGGCAAUCGGUCAUACGAGGGAAGAUUAGUCGGUUACCAUGACAAUAUUUGGUAUGACGUCGUUGGUCGAAUUUCGGAAACCACAGCGAAGACAAUGUGUUCUUUUCUUGGAUAUGGCCAUGUCGGUUUCGCUACUCGAGUAUAUCCUAGCAAGAAUUUGUAUUACUACAAACAAGACAUUGUAUGUGACGGGCAUGAGAAAUACAUAGAGGAGUGUCAGGGCGAGCUGAAAUACUGCGUCGAACGGAGAUAUUACCACUGUGCACACUUGUCAAAUAGCUUAACUCACGUGGUUCUAUUUUGCUCGGACUACACACUGGAAAAUAUCAGCCUAUCAACGAGUGGCGUUAUACAAGUGGGCGUGAACGGUCAGUUAUGGGCUGUCUGUGACGCCUACUUUACUCCCGAAACAGCCAAUAGCGUCUGUACUGUUCUUGGGUUUAACGGUACAUCAAGCAUCGAUGUUAAGACAACAGGUGAUACCUCAGAUAUAGAAAUACUGGGGUCGAUAAUAUGUAAGCCGAAUGCAACAAGCGUUAUCGACUGUCACAUCAAGCACCAGUUCAGUUAUCGGCCCUACGAUCGAUCGGCAGAGUGUAGAAGCUACAUCAUGCUUACAUGCAACUGAUGUCUUGUGUAGAUAUUUACCACGUCCGAAAGACUCGAACAUGUUGUUACAUAGUGUCUGAAUUAACUUAAAGCGAAUACAUUUAAAUAU